CCAAUCCACCUACCUCAUCAUCACAUCCAUCCAAAUUUCUCUUCAUCUCUUUCAAGUUUCAAUUUUUUUACCCCAGUCAAACUGCUACAGCUAACAAAUCACACUCACCAACACAUUCCCUCGUCUCUUAUAAAUCCCAAUCCCCGCCCUCCUCAUUACGUCUUCCGCUCUGAUUCUUGGAUCUAUUUUUUGGCUGCCUUUUCCCUGAUUCCUAUCUAUUGUCGGACAACUGCAAAAGGGGCUCUUCUGAAGUCACCAUGGCGACUGGACAACUUUUCUCGAAAACCACCCAAGCUCUGUUUUAUAACUACAAGCAGCUCCCGAUUCAGCGGAUGCUUGAUUUUGAUUUCCUCUGUGGGAGAGAAACACCUUCUGUUGCUGGAAUUAUUAAUCCUGGUUCCGAGGGAUUCCAGAAGCUAUUUUUUGGUCAGGAGGAAAUUGCCAUUCCAGUUCACACUGCUAUUGAAGCUGCUUGUGCUGCACAUCCUACAGCUGAUGUCUUCAUUAACUUUGCAUCAUACAGAAGUGCUGCUGCUUCAUCUAUGGCUGCUCUGAAGCAGCCAACCAUUAGAGUUGUGGCUAUUAUUGCUGAAGGUGUCCCUGAGUCAGACACAAAGCAGCUAAUCGCUUAUGCUAAAGCCAACAAUAAGGUUGUUAUUGGUCCUGCUACUGUUGGAGGUAUCCAAGCUGGAGCUUUCAAGAUAGGUGACACAGCUGGAACAAUCGAUAACAUAAUUCAGUGCAAGCUGUACAGGCCCGGAUCUGUUGGCUUUGUCUCCAAAUCUGGUGGUAUGUCUAACGAAUUGUACAACACCAUUGCUAGGGUCACAGAUGGAAUCUAUGAAGGCAUUGCGAUCGGUGGAGAUGUGUUCCCUGGAUCGACACUCUCUGAUCAUGUCCUGCGCUUUAACAAUAUCCCUCAGGUUAAAAUGAUCGUUGUUCUUGGAGAACUUGGUGGACGUGAUGAAUAUUCCUUAGUUGAGGCCCUUAAACAGGGGAAAAUCAAUAAGCCUGUGGUUGCCUGGGUUAGUGGAACAUGUGCUACAUUGUUCAAGUCAGAAGUACAAUUCGGUCAUGCGGGGGCUAAGAGUGGUGGUGAAAUGGAGUCUGCACAGGCCAAGAACCAAGCCCUGAGAGAAGCUGGAGCAGCAGUCCCAACCUCUUAUGAAGCAUUUGAAGGUGCAAUUAAGGAAACAUUCGAGAAAUUGGUUGAGGAAGGCAAAACCACACCAGUCAAGGAGAUUACACCCCCUCAAAUACCGGAAGAUCUCAACACAGCAAUCAAAAGUGGAAAAGUUCGGGCUCCAACGCAUAUUAUUUCCACAAUCUCUGAUGAUAGGGGGGAAGAGCCAACCUAUGCUGGUGUCCCGAUGUCUUCCAUUGUCGAACAAGGAUUAGGUGUGGGUGAUGUCAUUUCUUUAUUGUGGUUCAAAAGAAGCCUACCUCGUUACUGCACACGUUUUAUUGAGAUUUGCGUCAUGCUCUGUGCCGACCAUGGUCCCUGCGUCUCUGGUGCUCACAACACCAUCGUAACUGCCAGGGCUGGAAAAGACCUAGUCUCUAGUCUUGUUUCGGGUUUGUUGACAAUUGGUCCGCGAUUCGGUGGUGCUAUUGAUGAUGCUGCUCGAUACUUCAAGGAUGCUUAUGAAAGGGGCCUUACACCUUAUGAAUUUGUCGAAAGCAUGAAAAAGAAGGGCAUUCGCGUCCCUGGUAUCGGCCAUAGAAUCAAGAGGGGUGACAACAGAGACAAGAGAGUGGAGUUGCUACAGUUGUUUGCACGCACCAACUUCCCAUCCGUGAAGUACAUGGAGUACGCGGUGGAAGUUGAGACGUACACUCUCUCAAAGGCAAACAAUCUAGUCCUCAACGUCGAUGGCGCCAUUGGUUCCCUAUUCCUCGACCUUCUCGCAGGUAGCGGCAUGUUCACCAAGCAAGAAAUCGACGAAAUCGUUGGCAUUGGCUACCUCAACGGCCUCUUCGUACUAGCUCGCUCCAUUGGUCUCAUCGGACACACGUUCGACCAGAAGAGGCUGAAGCAGCCCCUCUACCGCCACCCGUGGGAAGAUGUUCUCUACACCAAGUGAAAGAAAAAGGCCGGCCAAUGCAUAUUGCUACUGCUAAACUGCAGAUUGAGGAACUUUGUGUGUGUUUUUUUACUAGAUUCUUGAUUUUAAACUUGGAAUUAUGAAUGAAUGAUCCAUUGUUAAUUUUAAUUUUAA